CAUGCUCAUGUCGGAUUGACAAUUGCAACACUGUGCACUGGGAUAGCUCCAAAGGACACAGCAACUCAUGACUGAUUAUACACGGAGGACAAGCGGGGGCUUUAUUUUGCUGUUCAGAGAGAAGCCUGACUGGCCCCCGAGUUAAAUUUCUGUGGGAUUUUGCGGGAUUCUGUAAUUUUUCGGGAAGAUGAGCUCCAGAAGGCCCCUGCUCCGUUCUUCCUCUGGGAGCGGGAGGUACGGCAGCUUCGAAGGGGACGUCGUCGCUGCGCACGGCAGCAGAGCUGACGCCCGCGGCUACCUGUACAGCACGCGGACGGAGACCAGCUACUACAGACAAUUGCAGAUCAAGCCAUCAAGAAGCACUUUAUGUAGUGUGAUGGCUCAGUUGGCAGUGGAGACCCAGCCAUCCUUUGAGACCACCUUAAAAUCCAAGGCAGUGUCAGAGUCCUGUAACGUGAAGUUCACCUGUGUAGUCUCAGGUCACCCAAAACCUGAAGUGAUAUGGUACAAGGACGACAUAGAAAUGGACAGAUACUGCGGUCUUCCAAAAUAUGAAAUAAUCUGCAAUGGAAAAACCCAUACACUCCAAAUAUACAACUGCACCCUGGAGGACGCCGCCAUUUACCAGGCCUCGGCCCGCAACGGCAAGGGCAUCGUGUCCUGCUCGGGCCUGCUGGAGGUGGGCGCCAUGGACGAGUUCAAGAUCCACCAGCGCUUCUUCAGCAAGCUGAAGCAGAAAGCCGACAGCAAGAGGAAGGACCUGGAGAACAGCCGCAGCCGGGCCGGGGAGAGCACGCCGGCCGCCGCCGCCGCCGUCGCCGAGCAACCGCGCGUCCCCGAGCAACCGCGCGUCCCCGAGCAACCGCGCGUCCCCAGCCCUGUCCGCAAGCCGCGGCUGGUCAGGUGCCCUAGCGAGCCCGGCCCCGCUCCCCCGCCGCGCCCCCAGCUCCAGCGCCCCGCCAGGGAGGACAAGCCGGUGGAGAAGCCGGUGGAGUGGCCCUCUGUCGCCGCGACGACUCCCGUCGCCAACGGCUUUGCUGCUCACCAGGAGCCCGUCAAGGAGAAGGGCAAACCCACGUUCCUGUACUUCGGCAACAAAGUGGAGAUAAUCAGCACGAGGCCUGCGACCAGCAGGGACAGCCCCACCAAUAAGGCGCUGAAGAUAAGCAAAGCGGGUAACCCCGAGCCAGCAGGGGGCAGCGCUGCCGGUUCGGGGCCGAGCAUCUCCGGGAAAGAGAAAGAAGCGGGCGAGGAGGAGAUGAGCCUGGCGCGGUACCUCACAGAGUUCUCCAAAUCAGAGCCGUCCGGGUCCCUGCAGAAUGGAGCGCCCACAGAGGAGGCCGCAAAGCUGGGGCCCGUCGCCGCCGACCAGGGGGCCAGAGGGAGAGAAACCACCAAAAACAGAGUCAGCAUCCCGGCGGUGAGGGCAUCGGCAGAAACACUGGGACAGAAGGGACCCGAGUCGCCCAGCACGCUCGCCUCCAUGUUCUUCUCUCUCAGAGACAUGCUCUUUCGGACCAAGAACAAGAACGAGGAUCUGGCCUCUGCCUCAGGGGUGCUGGCGAAUGGCGUAGACCCUGCACAUGAGUGCAGCGCGAGGGCGGAGGGAAGGGGGGCCCCACAGGUACGCCAGCGGGAAGCGAGUGGGAAAACUGAAACCCCACAACCAGAGCCUGCGAAGGUGGCACUACCUUCAGUGCGCGUGCAAGCAAAAGACCCACUCUCGUCGAAAAUACAACCUCUUGAGCUUCUCCGCAACCACGCGCCAGGGACGAGCUCGGGCUUAGAGGGCCCCUCGCCAGUUACAGUGAGGAGUAAAGCUUUGCCUGCUGUCAUUGGCGGAGGCAAACUGACUGUCCCGCCCCUGAGCCCGCAUGAGCCAGUGGGCAUCCAGCUUCCUGCGUCUGAUAGGAGCAGGAGCCCUGAGACCCCGCCCACGCCUCAGCCAUCGUCAGAGACUGAGGUUACAGUGGACCGUACACAGAUGAAUGGGAAGAAAGCGCCUUCUAGCCAGGACCUGUCUACCAGCCAGCGUCAGCAGGAAAUGCAGCCUCCUCCAGCUUCAGCAGGGCAUGUCAAAGAAGCAGCUGCUGACGUGCAUAUAUUGCAUAACCUCGUCCAUUCUGCCUCUGGGGCACCGACACUGAACAUGCAGCUUCACGGCAAUGUGUUGGACAAAAUCAAGAAAAAAAGCCCAAUUGGUCCAAGUACAGCGGGCCUUCACAAAAUGGCUGGCCCCGAGAAUGCCUCCGGGCAUCCAGCUAGGCUUGCGGUCAAACCUGGCCAGGCUGAGCCACCCGUGAACACUGUGGCGGUGAAAGGCGGGGGCGUUGGUGUGGGCGCAGGGGAAAUCCAAGCCGGAAAAUCACGGGACAAUUAUGUUCCUUACGUGCAAGAGCCGGCUGAGAGGGGGGGAUCAAAGACAUGGGUGGGCGCAUGUCUGGGAAAUAAAACAAAAAUGCUAACUGGCAAAGGUAUGACUGAAAUGCCCACUGUAGCUGAGACGCAAGCCAAGUCGGAGAGGAAAGAAAUUCCCAAGCAUGUAACUCAAAUAAAUGAAGUGCCAGGGGCGCAAGCUGAGAAAGCCAAAUCAUCAAUGAUUGUGCAAGCAAAACUUCUGGAGGGUCCGCAACCGGAAAAGGUGCUGCAGAAUGUUCCAGAAGCUCUUGGAAAUGUUCAAAAAGAUAGAGUCACAAAUGCUAUGCGCACCUCUGAACCCAAACCAGAACUUGUGAGGUUUCAAUUACGAGUUCCACAAGUAUUGGAACGUACAUGUUCGAAGACCGUUAUGAAAUCACAGGUUGAAAACACUUUAAAGCCCACUACUCUUUUGGCAGACAAUACUCCCAAAACCCCAGUCAAAGAGCAGUCAAAUUUGCCAAAAGAAGAAACAGCAGAAGAUUCCACUUUUGUUAUGGCAGAGAGUAACGGCAAAACAAUUCUAGUGGCUCCUAUCCAGAAGAUUACAGAAAGAAAAAAAUGCCUCUCACAGCUAAAAGAAAUUCAAACGGGUGCACCGCAAGACCAAGAAGUAAAAAGUUGCAGAGAAAUGGCGACUGCAAAUUCCUGUGGUCAGCAUAGUACAGGUAAGGCCACUGACUCUGCCCCAGCGAUACAUGAUUCCAUAGAAGGUAACAGUGGACUUAAUAAAACUAAUGCUGACCAUCAACUUCACAGUGUCAAGCCAUCAAUCACAGUUUGGGCUCCGCCAAAAGUGCCCACAUUUGUAGUUCCUCCGAUUUCUAUCACUGACACAGAUGGUGCCUUGCCUGAGAACACUCAGCCCUCUAAAGAGGUUGAAGAGCUUGACUCAAUAGCCACACUACUGGAAGAGGUCAUGAAUGACCUGGAAAGCUGCGUUAUCCUAUCUGCAGAGGGUAAAAAAGAGAAUAAUCCAACCCCCUGCUGUGUUGAGGAGGCAACACCCACCAAUGAUUCUGACGCACCACUGGGAAUCACCACACCCGAACCAGGUGUGAAAGAAACACCUUCAAGUGUGUCUGAAUCCCCUAUGGAAAAGGUCCUUCCAUGCGCUGAUGUCAUAGACACCCAACAAGACAAAGAAGAACAGCAAAAACAGCCUCAUUUGGCUUCCGAUACCUUCAGCAACCAGCAUGUGAAGGACAAGUCAGGCUUAUGCAAGUCACCUCUGCACAGUCCCACAACUCAACGUAGGGAUCCAGCCAGAAACACUCCUGACAUAGAAGCUUCCGGGUUACUGGCGGUUCCUGUCAUUCGAGUGGACAGAGCCCCAUUGGUGGAAAAGUAUUCCAGGGAAGGAAUCGUACGGGACGCCCUGCCGCCACCGGUGCCGUCUUGCGAGAGCAGCCCCCGGCUAACGAAGAGGGACAGCCUGACCCCCAUCCCGUCCGCCACCCCAGAGGAGCUGGCCUUAGGGGCCCGGCGGAAGAUCUUCGUCCCCAAAUCGAAAACGGAGGAAGCAGAGUUGCCCCCUGAUUUGACGGACGCCCUGGCGAAGACGGAGGACGUGCCAAAGAGGAGGAUGCCCUCCCAGGAGCGGGAGGCCCCUGGCCUGUCGCCCAGCCUGACCCGCAGGCCCUCCCUCCUGCAGCUCCCCGCGGGGCAGCAGACCCCACCCUUCCCAAGACGCUCCCCGCUUCUGGCCCGCAAGAAGACAACUCCGGAGGUGCCCAAAUGCCCUGAGGAGACAGUCAAGGAGCCAGACGCCGUCAAGACUGAACCCAAAUUAGCAGAGAAGAACAAACCUGACCCUUUAAAAGCUCCUCAGGUGAUCCGUAAGAUAAGGGCAGAGGCCUUCCCAGACAACGUUGGGCACCUGAAGCUGUGCUGCCAGUUCUUCAACGUUGUCAGUGACUCAACGAUCACAUGGUGCCGAGAUGAAGCUGAGAUAGUGGAGGUGACCAGAAGCGCGGGGGACGAGAGUCAGGUGGCUCUGGCCAUCGUCCAGGUCUCGAGCAUGGACUGCGGUGUUUACAGCUGCUCAAUCAAGAACGAAUAUGGAACGGACUCCGCGGACUUCUUCCUCAGCGCAGCCAUACUUUCCGGGUUCGUCUUGCGAGCAGAUUUAGAAGUGGGCCAAGAGAUCGAGAUGACCCCUUUGCUCUUCACCAAAGGCCUGGCGGACUCGGGGCACUGGGGAAACAGGUUUUUUGGGCGCAUCAUGAUUACAGAGUCACACGUUGGGGAUGGGUGGACGCGCAAGGCCUGCAGGGCCAAAGUCAUAUAUGGGCUGGAGCCUGCAUUUGAGUCAGGGAGCACCUGCGUUCUCAAGGUGCGGAACCCCAUCAGCUAUGGAAAAAAGGAUGAGAACAACCUUGUGGAGAGAAACCUGGAGAUCACCCAACAGGAAUGUAAAGUUCAAAACAUGAUAAGGGAGUACUGCAAGGUCUUCUCAGCAGAGGCCAGGGUAGCUGGGAACUUUGGCCCAGUUCUGGAGGUGAUUCCUCUGUAUCUGAUGUACCAGCCUGCAAAUACCAUCCCGUACGCGACAGCAGAAGCUGACUUGAAGGGGGUGUUCUUGAAGCAUUGCUUGAUGGACGCCACAGGGCGGCUAAUCACAAGGACUGGGUCUGAGGUGGAGCAGAUGUGCUGCACCUUUCAGCACUGGAUCCACCAGUGGACCAAUGGCAACCUGCUCCUCACUCAGCUGGAAGGUGUGGAUGGGAAGGUCACCAAUGUUGGAGUUUCCACCAAAUUGAAGGGGUACCAGGGUCUCUCGGACAAAGCCACUCCCAAGGUGUUCGAGCAGUUUGUCAUGCAGCACCAGUGCAACGACUACUGCAGUCUCCUGGGCCUGAGGUCACUCAAGGUCAUGGAGUCCCUGGCGCAGCCUACCAAGGCCAAGGGCUCCAGGAGCCCCAUGCUGAAUCGGAGGGGCUCUCCCAGCCCGCAGCUGCUGAGAAGGGGGGGGGCCAGCCCCCAGAUGAUGAGAAAGGGGGGGACCAGUCCCCAGACUCCCCGGAAGGUCUCAUCCAGCCCCAGGUUGACCAGGAGGUCGACCGAGACAGGGGACGGUAAACCCACGAUGACGAAUAAGACCGUGGAGGUCCCCAAAGUGGCCAGUACGAGUUGAUAGGGCAUUGAAGGAAGGAUAUGGAGAACAUUGAAAUGAAUGGCCUCUUUCUGACUGAGACUUCUGCCAUGAGUAAAACUACUAUUACUCUCAUAUGACAACUACACCUUUCUUUCUGAGCUGAGCUCACAAUAUUUUUCCUUUUGAUAUUUAGUUUGGUUUGAGUCAGGAGCUGGUCUGCAUCUCCUGCCCCAAACUGUGACUGACAGAGGUGCUAUCUCCAUCAGAGAAUCAUUUUGGGUUUUUAAGAUCAAGGAAAAUCAGGGAACCAGUUCUCACGUGUAUUGCUUUUACACAUAUCUGUGUGCUAUUUGAAGAUGGACUUCAAAAAACGUUUUUUAAAGCAGGCGAAGAUUGUAAUCGGGCCUGUCCAGUAUGGUGUUAAUGACUUGUGUGUUGAACAUGUGUGCAUUUGAGAAUAAAAUAA